UCUCAGUAACAACAAGUAAGGCAGAAAAUGAAAUUUUUUCCACUAGUGCAAUCUGUGACUAUCUCAUAGAAGUACGCCAUUAACAAAACUUUAAACCUGUAAUUUUCCUCUACACGUGGUCCGGAGGCUCGUGCGUGGGACGUAUGGAACAAGAUGCUGGAUAUCAUCUGCCGAGACAGGUGGUACGCCCUACCACACGCCAGAACUACGUUCAUGACGUCACCAGCACAGACUGUAUUCCUGAUGAACACGCACACCAAACCAUGUCGUCACCGGGUGUAUUGUAACGGCAUGGUUCGCAGGGUACAAGAGUUCAACAUCAACAUUCAGCGGAUGGCAGACAUCAGAUAUAAUUUUAUAAUCGGGGGAGACGCUACAGUGUACGAAGGAAGAGGUUGGGCCUUGGCUCCUGAACUACCAAGAAGCUUCAAGAGUUACAGUUUGACCAGUAUCGUCAUAGCUUACCUGGGAACUUACACGGCCAGCACGGUUCCUAAGCCCAUGGCCCAGGCAGCCGUGGAACUUGUGAAACUUGGCGUGAAGGAUGGGAUGAUUGCUAAACACUUCCAGUACCGCGAUAUAACAAUAACAGAGAAGCGGUCUUUAAAUCCGGAUCUGUUUUGACCAAGUGAGAGGCGGACCUUCCACGUCAAAGUUAACAAUGUGAACAUCUUGACGCGUCAGAGCUUGUCGUUAGAUGGCUUUGUCAUCAGAUAGCUUUGUCAUCUGGAUAUACUUCUCUGAACUUUCAAAGACUUUAUAAGUUACACACGGAACGGCUGUGACAUAGUGCGUGAAACGAGAAAACAACGACUAGCUUGAAAAAGAACGCAUUCAAAGGGUAAUUUUAAGUAAUUUUUCAAAUAUAUGUAGUAUGUUUUCUAAACUGUAUUUUAUACUUAAGAUUGUGGGGAAGCUGGCAUCAGCUAGGGAUCAGCUUGGUAUCUGAGUGGUUAUGUUACUCGCCUACUAAUCGAAUGGUCACCGUGGUUUCGAAGAAUCCUGGGAAAAACGUGCAGCUUUUUGAUGGUUCGAAAGUGGACCCAGCUGUCCUUGAUCAUUGGACUUU